UUCUUUCAACACCCUUUGGAACACUCCUCUUAUAAAUUCUACAUAAAUUGGAACCUAUCUUGGCCUAUUCUCACAAUUGUCCGUCUCCUUAGCGGAAAAAGAAAAUUGUCCGUGUCCUACAAUACCAAACUAUGGAUUCGAGUGCCUCAGUUCUCUUGUCCUCUCCAUCAAAGCUCGAAAACCAUCAGGAAACCAAUAGCCAUAUCCAAAAGGGAGGUAUUGCUCCUUUCAUUGACUCAUCAUAUUUGCAAAAACAAUCCCAUGUCCCCACUGGUUUCAUUUGGCCUGAAAGUCACUUGGUUGCUGCUCUUGAGGAGCUCAAUGAACCAUUGGUGGAUCUUGAGGGUUUCUUCAAGGGUGAUGCUGUGGCAACCGAGCAUGCUGCCAAACUCAUUAGGGCAUCUUGCUUGAGCCAUGGUUUUUUCCAAGUGACCAACCACGGCGUUGAUCCAAAUCUCCUCAAACUCGCUGAUGAUCACAUGGAUCAUUUCUUCAAGCUCCCCGUCGAAGAGAAAGCAAAGGUGAAAAGGGUACCUGGUAGCCCUUGGGGUUAUUCUGGGUCUCAUGCUGAUCGAUUCUCAACCAAUUUGCCAUGGAAGGAAACUUUGUCUUUUGGUUUCCAAGCGAAUGGCACCGACACAGUUGUGGCGGAUUUCUUCAAAUCCAAACUAGGCGAAGAUUUUGAACAAACAGGGCUGGUCUAUCAAAAGUACUGUGAAUCAAUGAAUGUUUUGGCUCUUUCAAUAAUGGAGCUGCUUGCAAUCAGCUUGGGAGUGGAUCGGAUGCAUUACAGAGAAUUUUUUGAGGAUGCUCACUCAAUCAUGAGGUGCAACUUCUACCCGACUUGCCAAGAGCCAAGUCUUACUCUCGGAACCGGACCUCAUUGUGAUCCAACAUCCUUGACCAUACUCAAUCAAGACCAAGUUGGAGGGCUUGAUGUGUUUGUCAACAAGAAGUGGCAUUCGGUUCGACCGAUUCAAGGUGCCCUAGUCAUCAACAUUGGUGACACCUUCUCGGCAUUAUCGAAUGGGAAAUACAAGAGUUGCUUGCACAGGGCAAUGGUGAACAGGCGCAAGGAGAGGAGAUCGUUGGCAUUCUUUUUGUGCCCAAGGGAUGACAAGGUUGUGAAGCCCCCCGAGGAUCUUCUGCGCAAAGAACAAGAGACAAGAAAGUACCCGGAUUUCACAUGGUCAGAUUUGCUCCGAUUCACUCAAUACCAUUACAGGGCUGAUGAAGCUACCCUCCAAAACUUCACCAAUUGGUUCCUAUCUGAAUCCAACUCCACCAAUUAAAAUAUAUCUCCAGCUAGCUAGCAAUGGAGUAGUACACAGUUGAAGUUCUCUGGUUCUCUAGUUCUAUGAGAGGGUGCGCGCUCAUGUCAGAGAGUGAUAUUUUUAUAUUAAUCAGUGUACACAGUUGAUCGAGUUGUAAGAGUACUUAACCAAUUAUUGGUUAAGUAGCUAGGUAGUUUCAAUAAUAAAUAUUAAUGCAAAUCUUA